AUGAGGCCAUUCCCUCGCAGACAGUUAACAAAUGAAAAACGUAUUUAUAACUAUCGUUUAUCCCGUGCAAGAAGAAUAGUAGAGUGUGCAUUUGGAAUUAUGGUAAAACGAUUAAAUGUAUUGGAAAAUAAGAUGUUAGUUGGCCCCGAGAAAGCUACUAAAAUAACUCGGGCCAUAUGUGUACUUCAUAAUUUAAUUAUGACAAGGGAAGUAAACCUUAUAGAAAUUCAUAAUGAAAUUGAAAAUCAUCAUAAUCAAAUAGAAAUAAGAAACGAAGCAAAUAUUGUUCAUCUUAACAGAUCGUCUAUAGCAGCUAUCGAACAACGUAAUAAGUUUAUGGAUUUUUUCAAUUCAGAAGAUGGUUCAGUUCCUUGGCAAGACAGAUAUUUAGUUUAA